GCCCACGGCAGGGGCGUGCUGUGUGGCCCCUUAGACCCCACAGACUCCGUCGGGGCUCGGCGGUGUCAUGCCCGGGAGCCCCCGGCCCCCGACCUGGGCGCUGUUGCUGCGGCUGCUGGCGCUGCUUAGGCCCCCGGGGCUGGGCGAGGCGUGCAGCUGCGCCCCCGCGCACCCUCAGCAGCACGUCUGCCACUCGGCGCUGGUGAUCCGGGCCAAAAUCUCCAGUGAGAAGGUCGUUCCCGCCAGCACGGACCCCACAGACACGCAAAAAAUGAUCCGGUAUGAAAUCAAACAGAUAAAGAUGUUUAAAGGGUUUGAGAAAGUGAAGGAUGUGCAGUACGUCUACACGCCGUUGGACUCCUCCCUCUGUGGGGUGAAGCUGGAGGCCAACAGCCAGAGGCAGUACCUCUUGACUGGCCAGGUCCUCCGUGAUGGAAAAGUAUUCAUCCAUCUGUGCAACUACAUUGAGCCCUGGGAGGACCUGUCCCUGCUGCAGAGGGAGAGCCUGAACCAUCUCUACCACCUCAACUGUGCCUGCCAAAUCACCACCUGCUACACACUGCCCUGUACCAUCUCAGCCCCCAACGAGUGCCUCUGGACGGACUGGCUGCUGGAACAGAAGCUGUACGGGUACCAGGCUCAGCACUACAUCUGUGUGAAGCACACCGACGGCACCUGCAGCUGGUCCCAGGGCCGCCUGCCCCUCAGGAAGGAGUUCGUCGACAUCGUCCAUCCCUAGGAGGGGCCAGCGGCCGCCGCAUCCCUUCAAGAGUCCUGAGACCAAGCCAGUUGUCCCCUCCCCGCGGAGCUCUGACCAUCACCCCUGCGCCACUGCCGCGAGCCAAGGAGAAGGGCCAAGUGGAGGGUCCGGCGGUGUCCGGGCAGGGGUGGGGCAUGUUACAACCAGCCCAGAAACUGCCGGGGGGCUAGGGAAGGUGGCACGACUUUUCUGUCCUGCCCUCAGCCCUGCUCCCCUGCCGCCCAGACCCCACUGGUGUGUAGCCUGUUACAGAGCGUGCUGAUUUCGGCUUAAUUUGUUUUCCAAAGCCAGAACAAUCCCCUCGUCUCCCCAGAAAAAUGUGUUUUCCUUUGCCUUCACGAGUCUGAAAGGGGAGAGAUGGAGCACGCUAACCCUGUGAGGGGCGCCCCUGUGAUGUGCAUACCAGAGGGGGAGAGUCGUGAACACGCAUUUGAACAAUGCACGGUGGUCGUGUGUCCGCCACGCCUCCGCCGCAGUCAUCCUACCCUUCUGACACACUGCUGUCGGUG